AUGGAAAAUAAAGGCCUAUGGAUUCAGAAAGAGGGUCACAGAAGAAAAGAUUUAUUGAAUGAUAGGGAAAUGUCAGAGGAAGACUCUUCAAAAUCACAGUUAAAGAAGUUGAUUAAAAGAUCAAACUCUCAACGGGCAGUAGUUGUAAAUGCUAUCCAAUCACAAAUAAGCAAAGUUUUCUUCAAAGAUUUAUUCUUUCAGCGUGUCCAUGGACUGGACAAUAGGAUUCCAAAGCAUGUGGUGAGUGUGGACGAGAAAUAUGUUCGUCGCUGCCUGGAAUUUAUACACAACACUGCAUUAAGAGCUGCAAACAUGGAGACUUUAUCAGAAAGCUUGAAUACAGGUAAAUUUUUUGGUGGAAAUGCAUAUGGUUCAGGACAUUUUGUCUUUGAAUGCCCUCUGGCCACUGAGACAAGGAGAGUAGUUAUAAGUGCUAAUGCUGGAGAUCAGUGGACUUUAGGUACAAUAAUGGGGACCAAGAGUAUGAUAAAUAUAUUGAAUAGUACACUUCUUAAGCAGUUCGGUGCUUCACAUAGAAGUGACAAUUUGAACAGGAUGAACUUUUCUGAUCCUGAAGGAUUGAUAUGCUAUGAUUUUAUGGACUCUCCUACUGAUUUCCCUGUCACUUCGUCGUAUAAAUUAGAAAAGGACAAUCAGUUAGUACAACAAAGUCGUAAGUAUGUCUCCAUUCCUGUUCAUAAAAGGCUUGUUUCCACUUCUUGCACCACCUCUACUUGUUCUGAUUGGUUGUCUUCAGUUUCUUCUACUCUAUCUCAGGGAAUGAUCCAGUGUACUUGGAAGCAAGGGAUUCCACAUUUUGUUUUUUCUGCAGAUGAUCAGAAGGAGGUCUAUGUAGCAAAAUUGAGGAAGGUAGACUCCAUGGAUAAUAAGGCUUUGGACAAUGAGUAUGAUUUUCAUUUGAACAAGGGUGCCCAAAAGGGUCGCGAGAUCCCUGACAGCGAUUUGCCAUUUGUUGGGAAGAUGCAUGUAUCAACAAGUUUCACCCUUUGUCCGAACAAUUGUAGAAUAAGGGAGACAGAGUUUACAUUAUUCCUUAACGUUGGAGUUAUGGACAGAGAAAUGUCCCCAUCAGAGCAUUCUCACAGGAAGAACAAGGGGCUGUCAAAGAAGGUGUCACAAGUUUUUAGAACUAGCCCAUCAUCAAAACGCAGAACACUCUCAAAGUUUGGUGGAUCGGGUUCCACAGCAGAGAGUUGUCCGCAGGGGCCGAAUGCUGUUGGUGGGACCAAUUUAUUAGAUGCUGACACUCCUCCAAAUUGUGAGAUGGCUGCCAUUGUUGUGAAAAGCCAUCUUCCUUGUAAACAACCAGAGAAAGUAGGAGGGGGGUGGGGUUUAAAAUUUCUUAACAAAUCUGGUGGAAAUCAAUUCACAGUGCCUUCUGAAAGUUGUAAUCAAAAUAAUGGGGACUGUUCAACUAGCAUGAGCAUUUUAAUUCCAGCAGGCUUUCAUGGUGGGCCAAGAACCAGAAAUGGUGGGCCAUCCAGUCUGAUAGAUAGAUGGAGAUCUGGUGGCCAGUGUGACUGUGGUGGUUGGGAUGAGGGGUGCCCUCUUACAGUACUUGAAAGAAGAUCUAACAAAGCUGAUGUUAUGUCUAAAAUAGAUACACAAUACGAGUGCAAAUCAGUUGAUCUGGUUACUCAGGGUUCAAGGGAUUUCGGCCCCACCUUGAGGAUGGUAAAUGUUCAUGAUGGUCUGUAUUAUAUUCAUUUUCAUCCACCUCUGUCUGCACUACAGUCUUUCUCCAUUGCUGUGGCAAUAAUUCAUGCACAAAGUCCUACUCUUCAGCUCAGUGGUGUUCAGGAGCUGUCAUAA